AUGAGCGACAACGGGGCUCUUCCGAUCCGGCCGGGAGACCUUGACGGCCUCUGGGACUAUGUGAAGCACGAUACGAUUUUGAGGAGGGCCAAGUUUCUGGUACACGAUGACUUGGAGGAGCCCCAUCAUAUCAAGGAGGCCCGGAGAAUCAUCAAAGAGAAACACAAGAAGUGGCCCACAGCCAGCGAAAAGGAGAUAUGCGGAAUCUUGGAUCAAAUCGCCUGGAAUCCCAAUGAAAAGCGGCUAUGGAAGCGAAGCCUGAAGCACUCCUCUGACCCGGAUUUCCGCGAACUGAUGGGGAGAAUAAUGCAAUCCGAGACGGAUUUCUACGGAUACGACAGCGAGUCUCUUGGAAGCCGCCUUCUUUACAUGAUAAGAGACGCCAGACAGAAUCCGGAUCCUCGGUCGUUCUAUCCUCUGUUGAAACGGGCGGGUGUAAGCAUUGACAAAGUGGUCAACUUCACCAGGAAGACUAUCAUGGGGGACCACCCGCAGAACCUUUCACUGCCGCUAAAGCUAGACGACAGGCGAAGGCUCUUCGUCAGUGACAUGGCCAAGUUUCUGAGCGAGAUGCGGGGCGGCCGCCGCAAGCUUCCUCAUGCGACAUACGAGAUCCCCGCUACGGACAACAGGUAUAUCGAAGAUGGAAUCAUGAAAAUUGACAGUCACACUCUUGUGUUCGACACAACGCUCAACAGCUCCAUUUUGCAGAUUAUCAAAGAGGCGGACCUCAAGCCGGGAGUGAUCAUUAUGCAGUUAACAUUUUGGCCUGACGGGGUCGACGAGGACCCAGAGAGUGCCAGGAAUGCCUUGCCUCUGUGA